UGUAGUCGGUGUUGUAAAGACGUUCGUCUUGAACGGGUUUGUUCACUUUGAAUGUAACCACUAGCGUGACGAUGCUAAGCUAGCUGUCAACCAGAUAUCCAGGCGUUUUGCUGCCGAGUUAGCUACCGGAUGCUCCCGCUCGUACCUUCCUGGCCGUCUUGACGUUCCCUCAACAUUCCUGGACGAAUUCGUGUCGACUGACCAGAGUCCGCGAAUUCAAGUCCACUCCUGAUCUAACCUCGUUCCUUUACCCCCCUUAGCUUGUGGGACUUAGCUCGCCGGCUAACGAUACCGCACACUCAGGCAGAACCGGACCGACGAGAGUUGCACUUAAGGACCACACCCAGACAAGAUGUCCCUUCAUCAGUUUCUGUUGGAACCCAUCACCUGCCACGCGUGGAACCGCGACAGGACACAAAUUGCCAUUAGUCCGAACAACCAUGAAGUUCAUAUCUACAAGAAAAGUGGCAACCAGUGGGUGAAGACCCAUGAGCUGAAGGAGCACAACGGACACAUUACAGGUAUUGAUUGGGCUCCCAAAAGUGAUCGUAUAGUGACAUGUGGGGCCGAUCGUAACGCCUACGUGUGGUCUCAGAAGGAAGGAGUUUGGAAACCCACACUGGUCAUCCUCAGGAUCAACCGGGCAGCCACCUUCGUCAAGUGGUCUCCGCUGGAGAACAAGUUUGCAGUUGGCAGUGGAGCUCGACUCAUCUCUGUCUGUUACUUUGAGUCUGAGAAUGACUGGUGGGUGAGCAAACACAUAAAGAAACCAAUCCGCUCCACCAUCCUCAGUCUAGAUUGGCAUCCCAACAAUGUCCUCCUGGCUGCUGGCUCAUGUGACUUCAAAUGCAGGGUGUUCUCAGCCUACAUUAAGGAGGUAGAAGAAAAACCAGGCCCCACUCCUUGGGGCAGCAAAAUGCCAUUCGGGGCCGUGCUAGCAGAAUUUGGGGGAGCGGGUGGAGGGGGAUGGGUCCACUCCGUCUCUUUUUCAGCCUCCGGGAACCGUCUGGCUUGGGUCAGCCAUGACAGCACUGUCACUGUGGUAGACAGCUCUAAGACUGCCAGUCCCUCACAGCUGAAGACAGAGUUCCUGCCUCUUCUCAGCGUCAUUUUUGUUUCAGAGAACAGUCUAGUAGCCGCGGGCCACGACUGUUGCCCAAUGCUCUUCCGUUGCGACGAUGGCGGAGCGCUGACAUUUGUGUCGAAGCUGGACCUCCCCAAACAGAGCAUCCAGAGGAACAUGUCCGCCAUGGAACGCUUCAGGAACAUGGACAAGAGAGCCACCACCGAGGACCGCAACACAACCCUGGACACACUGCACCAGAACAGCAUCACCCAAGUGUCUAUCUAUGAGGGAGACAAAAGGGAUUGUCGCAGGUUCUGCACCACGGGCAUUGAUGGAGCAAUGACCAUUUGGGACUUUAAGAGUCUAGAAGCUUCUAUCCAAGGUCUCCGCAUCAUGUGAAUAAAUCUUUUGAAUGAAUGAAAAGUCGCUGCAGCCUCACUUCUCCUUCUCUUCUUCCCCAGUCCUCAGCCCUCCUCUUCUCUCUUUCAGCCCCUCCACUUGUGUGCCGCAGCCAGCAAAAAGUACAUAACUGACCACCUUAUCGAGUGUCUCCUGAAGCACUGAUCAGACCAUUAAAACACUCUUGUGGGCGUGUCCUUUACAUGCUCACAAACACACACGCUACACACUGAGCUAAUGUGUGAGAUUGCUGAUUUAUUAUUUUUUUUGUUUGCUUUUAAAUGAAGGUUAACCGGGUGUAAAAGUGGGAAGGUCUUCUGACACGUAUUAAACAUGAUGUGAAAUGUGUUUUUAUGUUCUCUAACCUCCAAAAGAUGAACACUAAAACGUGUGUUUUAUCCCAAAAAAAAAAAAAAAAAAAUCCAGGCUGUAUUUCACCUCACUCCAAUCUGAACACGAUCUUCUAUACAGGUGUUGAGAAAUGCGAUUGUUGAUCCACACUGAAGGAUGGUAAAUAUAUUCUUCAGCAGGUGAAACUAUUGUUUAGAUUAAAGACCAGGGGUUAUUAAUAUUCUAAACACAUGUUGACGGUUGUCUAUUGAAAACCUGUAGAGGAUCUGACGUUGGAGGGAGGGAAGCAGUUGUUGAAACUUUGUGCAGCGUCAUGGCUGGCCAGCACUAGACUCUGUAACUACCACACUAAAACCACACGUGAUGGAGGAUUUCUAUGUAACUGACCAUGAGGUAGACACGAAAUAAAGAUGAGGAACAUUUACACUACAAAA